AUGAAUGCCCUUUCGGCCACCAAUCGCAACUUCCGUCAAGCGGCUCGCAUUCUCGGGCUCGACUCCAAGAUUGAGAAGAGCCUUUUGAUCCCAUUUAGAGAGAUUAAGGUGGAGUGCACAAUUCCUAAAGAUGAUGGAACACUGGCGUCUUAUGUUGGAUUUAGAGUGCAACAUGACAAUGCUCGUGGUCCCAUGAAGGGAGGAAUUAGAUACCAUCCCGAGGUUGACCCUGAUGAGGUAAAUGCUCUUGCCCAACUGAUGACUUGGAAGACUGCUGUAGCCGACAUUCCAUAUGGUGGAGCUAAGGGUGGCAUAGGAUGUAAUCCAAAAGAUUUAAGCAAGAGUGAGUUGGAACGCCUUACCCGUGUCUUUACACAGAAGAUUCACGAUCUUAUAGGAAUUCAUACUGAUGUACCGGCACCUGACAUGGGAACCAAUGCUCAGACUAUGGCAUGGAUUUUGGACGAGUACUCAAAAUUUCAUGGUCACUCGCCUGCUAUUGUGACAGGAAAACCAAUUGAUCUUGGCGGUUCACUAGGCAGGGAGGCCGCAACUGGCCGUGGUGUCGUAUAUGCCACAGAAGCAUUACUCGCCGAGCAUGGCAAGUCAAUAAAAGAUUUAACAUUUUCCAUUCAGGGGUUUGGAAAUGUUGGAUCGUGGGCUGCAAUGCUCAUACACGAGAAAGGUGGUAAGGUUGUAGCUGUGAGUGACAUAACCGGAGCAGUGAAGAAUCCUAAUGGACUUGAUAUACCAGCUUUGCUUCAGCACAAGGAGAAAACUGGAAGGCUAACUGAUUUCGAAGGUGGUGAUGCAAUGGAUUCUGAUGAAGUUCUCGUUCAUGAAUGUGAUGUUCUCAUACCAUGCGCUCUAGGUGGAGUUUUGAACAGAGAAAAUGCUGGAAACGUCAGGGCCAAGUACAUCAUAGAAGCAGCAAAUCAUCCGACUGACCCCGAAGCUGAUGAGAUAUUGUCCAAGAAAGGAGUUAUAAUACUCCCUGACAUAUAUGCAAAUGCAGGAGGAGUGACAGUAAGCUAUUUCGAGUGGGUUCAGAACAUUCAAGGUUUUAUGUGGGAUGAAGAGAAGGUGAAUCGGGAACUUAAGAAAUACAUGACAAGAGCCUUCCAUAACCUCAAGAAUAUGUGUCAGUCUCACGAUUGCAACCUUCGCAUGGGAGCCUUCACUCUGGGUGUGAAUCGUGUUGCUCGUGCCACAUUAUUGAGGGGUUGGGAAGCCUAG